CCACAGUUAUACAGUGGUGUGGAUAAUAAGAUGGUGAAUUGUAUACGAUUUUUAUAUGGAUUUAUACUUUUAGAGGUUUCGAUCAUAAGUGUUGCUGUUGGCUUGCAUAAUCACCAUCCACGUCCGCCACCGCCACAACCACCACAACGCCUACGACCACCACCACCCAGACCACCACCACCAAAUCCACCAGGUCCGGGACAGAAUCAACCUGCAUACAAUUAUGUAACAGGUGCACCACAUCCCACGACAUAUCCUUACCACCAGAAUCAUCCUCCAAAUAAUCCAUAUUCUGCCACUCAACCGCCACCUGCAGCCCACGCUCCUUAUGUUCAGCCUCAGCAACAUCCAGCUGCACAUGCUCCGCAACCAAACUCUUACCCCCAGUACGAUCAUUACGCCGCAUCACCACCAACACCAACAUCCGCCACCCACUACUACCCACCUGAUCAAAGAAGUAAUCACCAACAGCAUCAACAGCCUAAUCCUGCUCAACCUCAGCCUGAUUACUAUCCUCAGCAAAAUCAAUACCAACAGAGCAAUAACCAACAACCGCCUCCUGCUCAGCCUUUAACUCAAGCAGAUUACCAUUCACAACAAAGUCGACAUCAGCAGACCAGCAAUCAACAACCAGAUCCAGCUUAUCAACCUGGGCCUGCAGGACCUCCAGCAAGACCAAAAGGACAGAAUCCACCUCAACGUUUACCAACUCCCCCGGCUAACAGUCUUCCACCACAGGCGUCUUCAGGAAGGCGCCAGACACAAUCUGUGAAUAGCCGGCCAGUUUUAGAUGAAAAGUAUCAAACCAGAUAUGAAAGACCAAGAUCUUACAAAGCUGAUGGUAAUUUACCAUCUGCUCCAAUACCUUUACCAGAAAGCCGCAGCAAUGGCAUAGUUGAUAAUCGACCAAUUGCACAAUCUCCUGAUGUUCGCUAUAAUGAAGUUGCAAGAGACACCCAAAUAGACAGACGACCUAGUGUACAAUCACAAGACGUUCGAUAUAAUGAAGUUGUGAGAGAUAGCCAAGUAAACAGAAGACCCGUUGAAAAAUCACCUGACGUCCGUUACGUAGAACCUAGAUCAGAUAUUGUAUACGUUAAAACUUUAGAUCGCAGGCAACCCGAGGCACCAACUGCGGAAAGCCGUUACUACCAGGCAGAACAAAGACCUGCAGAUUCAAUAAGUUAUCGCCGUGCAGCAGAUAUUCCCCGACGUUCUGAAAUACGUACAGACAUUAGUCGACAAGCUGCUGACUACGGUAUAGGUACAGAAACAAUUGCGUCAGAAAGUAGAUAUCUUCAAAAAUCCGAAGGAAAACCACCAGGAAAUAUCGCUUAUUUAAAGCCAUUGGAUGCACCAUCAGCUACUGUAAAAGCAGAAUACAAUUAUAUGAAAGAGUCUGAAAAAAGACAACGUCUACCCACUGAAAAUCAAUUAUUGGAGAUUAAAAGACAGCAACUGGAAUUACUAAAACUGCUUCAAAGAGAGAAAGAAAAGUCAUCAAAAAGACAAAAUCCGUACUUUAAAGCAUUGUUUGAAAACAAAACCCCGGAGCUAAAUAAAGAAAAGAUACCGAAGACGAAAGACCAAUGUCCACUUUAUAAGUACACAGUAGAAAAAGAUAGGAUAGAGAUACAUACAGAGCCAGGAAGAUGUAAAAUAGUAAUAAAAUUGCCCAAGGAUGGCUCUGGAAAACCAAAAGUUACAUACCUCUCUCGAAACUGAUAAAUACAUUCCAUGUAUAGGGAACAAAGACACAAAUUAAGUUGUCCCAGAGACAUAGACAUAUACAAGUAAAAAAUGUAAAAUAUUGACGAAUUGUUUUAAACCCAAGUGUGUACUUUUAUAUACAACGAAUAUAGUACACAAGAUGUACAUUGUACAUGUCAAAAAAUUUCUGAUUUUCUCUUUCCAGUAAACUAAAAAUUAUUUCUAUCUUUCCUUAUUCAACAUCUGAAAUGUUGCUUGAAAGUAAUAGUGAUAUUUUACUAGAUUUUUUUUUCGAUUCGGAAAACAGAAUGCAAUCGUACUUCUUAUAAAGACAUUUUUAUCUUUAUAAUUUCUGUUGAAUUUCAAAUAUAUAGUAUUACUGGAGUCUGGACAUACGGAGCUCACUCCGAUGAAAUAUUUUGCAUAUUUACAUUAAAUAGAAUUAAUAUGAACUUGCUCAGUCCAGAAUGUAUUUGAUUCAAGAUUCUUUGAAUUAUUGUGAUAUUUAAGUGUAUGAUUAUUAUGCGAAUAUUGCUCAUGGCUUUACUUGUGAGGUAUGUUUAUUUUUGCUAGUGUAACAUUAAUUUGUCGGUUUGUGAAUGUAAAUCAAUUUGCUUUUGUAAGACGCUGUAUAUAUAUUGAUAUACCUUUUACGAAAUAACAAAACACAUGCAGCUUCUCUUUGUUUCAAAAUCACUACGAAACGGAGCUACGGAGCAGAGCGAUACAUCUGGUUUUAAUCAGAUGUCACAAAUCUUAUAUGGCGUGAAAUUAAAAAUAAAUACAUUCUAUAUAUAGUAAUAAAAUGUCUUUUGAAAUUAAGUGACACUCGUUGAUUAGUUUAUAAAGUGGUGCAACAAUUCCAAAAAUUGAAAGUGGUUUUUACAAUUGGUAAUUUUUUUCCGCAGCCGUACAAAUAUACUCUCAAUUUAUGCAUUCAUACCGGAAGUAGGAAAACAAAUUUGCAUAUUCAAGAUUAAGCUCUAUAAAAUGGAGGAAUAUACCAAAAUAUUUGUUGUUUAUUCCAGGUGAUUAAAAGACAAAUGUCUAUAAUUUCUUAAGUCCAACAGUAAUAGUUUUCUUGUAAUGUAUGUUGCAUUAUUAUUGUGUGUAUGUGUUGUUGUUGAAAAUGUUAAAUAAAAAUUACAUUAAAUAUCAAA